CCGGGUCUUCUACUUGACGAGCGGAUGCUUUAACCACUGGGCUACCCCACCGCCCUCUCACCAAAUAAUAGAUUUACAUCGCUUUUGGGAGUAUAUCUACCUCAAGCUGACACGUCAUGAUAAACAAUUGGAAGGCGACUUGAAACCUCACUCACUCACUCACGCCUGUCUGAAGGCAGUUCUUGAACACAAUUCAGAUGUGAAGAAAACAGCUAUCUAUUUUAUUAGUCUCAUGACCAUGAUCCAGAUAGUAUGUGUAAUGCUAAUUAAUUACAAUAUUGGAUAUCAAUGUAUGUCCGUAUCUGAUUUAAUAUGUACAAUAAUGUAUUUGCAGCUUUCUCAUGUGCGACUGGAUAAUCUCUGCACAAAACAGUGAUCAAACAAUCGUCCUCGAGUUGGAAUUUUUCUCUUCUUGAAAGCCCAGAUUGCUGGGCUGACAGACUGUCCUUCUAUAACGGACAGGUUGCCACCGAAUCGGAGCUAUUAGCUCAUGCCUGCGGCUCCGACUCCAUGUUUUUUCAGAGUUCAGGUAACAAAGCCCUUGUGCGUGCACGAACACACCUGAGGACUUUCACAGCUGACAUCUUUCGUAUACGUUACAAGGUAGUUUACAAGACGACGUGCGAGUUGAAUGUGAGGCCAGGAGAUGACUAUCCAUGUUACAUCCUGUCCCCUGGCUACCCAAAUAACUACUACAGUAACUUGAAUUGUGUGUGGACCUUAUCAACAUCUAACCCUCGUCAUAUUGCCCUCGACAUCAUCUAUAACAACUUUGAUGAAAGCACUGACUGUGCGAACGAUUUUGUCCAAGUGUAUGACACGAAUAAUGCCAAUGAACCGUUAGGACCACUGUGUGGAGUCCACAAUGGCACGUUAAUCACGCGGGGACCCAUUAUGAGAGUUGUGUUCAAAACCAAUGGCGUUGGCUCCGGGUCUGGGUUUCGACUGAAGUACAGGAGGGUAGACCAUGACGAUUCCUACUUCACCACGCAGGCUCCAACAGCAAUGGCACUUACAGCAUCAUCUACUCCACAGAACCUUACGUCUCCCGGCUACCCUGGCCAGUACUACAAUAACAAAUAUUAUAUAUGGACCAUUACUGCUGCAUCAGCUGCAUACCGUGUCCGUAUUAAGGUCGUGUCCUCCCAUAUGAUACUAUAUGAUGAAACUUGUAGUCAAGAUUUUAUCGGCGUAUUUGAUGGGCCAACACCUUCCAGUCUAUUGCUGAUGUACAUCUGCGACCAGAUGACGCCAACACUCCAGAGUACCGGGUCAUCUCUGACGGUCACCUUUCAGACGGACUCAAGUUAUGUUAAUAAAGGUUUCCUAAUGGAGUACUACGAAGUGCCAGGAACCGCUGUCAUAACAACGCCCUCACCUACAAUGACAACACUCACAGCCGACAGCAACCGCAAGAACUUAACGUCACCUGGAUUCCCAGUCGCAUAUGCUAAUGAUGAAGUAUACAUAUGGACCAUCACGGCAGCCAACAAUACUCAGUUAGUCCGAGUUGGAACCGUGCAGUUACAACUACAGUACAGCAACGGUUGCACGAAGGACUCUCUCUCCUUCUAUGACGGUAGCACUGUGAAUGACCCUUUACUGAAGACUAUAUGUUCCCGGACAAGCGUUCCGAUUGACAGUACUGGUCCUUCCAUUACGCUCAAGUUCUCCACUGACAGCAGAGGUUUCAACAAAGGAUUCCAGUUGGAGUACAACUCAUUCACAGAACUUGAACCCAACGCUUGCAACGGAACUGUGACCGCCUCCAGCCGUGAGAAGUACCUGACAACACCAGGAUACCCGGGAGUCUACUCCAACAAUAUAGACUGUGCGUGGACAAUACGAGGUGUGUAUGGGACACGAAUAACAGUAAAAGUGGUGGAUGCAGACAUUGAGAGUUCACCAGGCUGCAAAACGACUUCGUACAGGUCAUUGAUGGUACGUGUUUCAGACGGUUCUAAAGAACUCGGGCGCUUCUGUGGCACGGACAAGAACACCUACGUCAGUGCUGGGUUGGAGGUCGAGAUUGCUAUCCACAGUGAUGGUAACGCAAGAGGGCGUGGCUUUAAAAUCAUGUACACUGUAGGAGAUCAACGCACAACUGCUGCGACAACUACGGUUUCAGGACCUCCUUCUGAGGUUACAGUUUCAGGACCUCCUACUGAUGGAGCUACAAGUCAGCUGGUGAAUGGACUAUUGAUUGUAGUUAUAGCACUGCUUGUCUAA